AUGAGCUUCGUUACACGCCGAGCGCUUUCGACGCUCAUUCCUCCCAAGGUCGCCUCGCCAAAGGCAAUUGGCGCCGCACCUGAUGCACUCCGGAUGCAGCGGGUCGUCAACUUCUACGAGAAGCUCCCCCGCGGAGCGGCUCCCGAAGUCAAGGCGAAGGGUCUCCUCGGCAGAUACAAGGCAAAGCACUUUGGCAAGAACCCGACUGCGAUGCCCAUCAUUCAUGCCAUCCUCUUGGUGCUCAUCACCGGCUACGCCCAGAACUACUACUUCCACCUCCAUAGACGCUUACAUGAAACUACCUAG